AUUGGUUGGUUUUGAAUUCCGUCACCGCGGCCAGUUUGAACUUGGGAAAUCCUCUAGUCAAUGCAGACUCUUCUCACGUUUUCGCAGUAUCAAAAUAGAUUAACUUUUGAGACCUGAUAAUGGAAGACUAUCUCAAGAUAGAGAAAAUUGGGGAAGGUACGUAUGGUGUGGUAUAUAAGGGCCGGCACAAGUCCACAGGUCAGGUGGUGGCUCUGAAGAAGAUUCGUCUGGAGAGUGAGGAGGAGGGCGUGCCUAGCACUGCUGUACGAGAGAUCUCGCUGCUUAAAGAGUUACAGCACCCCAAUGUCGUACGACUGUUGGAUGUGUUGAUGCAGGAGUCCAAACUAUAUUUGGUGUUUGAGUUUCUGUCAAUGGACCUGAAGAAAUACUUGGACUCUAUUCCCUCGGGCCAGUACAUGGACCCUAUGCUUGUCAAGAGUUACCUGUAUCAGAUCCUAGAAGGGAUUCUGUUCUGUCACUGUCGUCGAGUUCUGCAUCGUGAUCUGAAGCCACAGAACCUGCUAAUUGAUAACAAAGGGGUGAUAAAACUGGCUGAUUUUGGUUUGGCCCGUGCUUUUGGGGUGCCUGUUCGAGUCUACACACAUGAGGUCGUGACUCUGUGGUACAGGGCCCCAGAGGUGUUACUGGGAGCUUCUCGUUAUUCUACUCCAGUAGAUGUUUGGAGUAUUGGCACUAUCUUUGCUGAGCUUGCUACUAAAAAGCCACUGUUCCACGGAGACUCAGAGAUUGACCAGCUCUUCCGCAUCUUCAGGAUUCUUGGUACCCCAAACAAUGAGGUGUGGCCAGAUGUAGAGUCGCUACCUGACUAUAAGAAUACUUUCCCCAAGUGGAAGUCUGGCAACUUGGGAAGCAUGGUUAAGAAUCUUGACAAGAAUGGUAUCGACCUGCUUGCGAAAAUGCUCACCUACGACCCUCUGAAGAGGAUUUCUGCACGCCAGGCUAUGACUCACCCCUAUUUUGAUGAUUUGGAUAAGACCACUCUACCUGCCAGCAACCUCAAGAGCUAAACAGUAACCAACACUUACACAGGACUGAACCUCAAAACAAACAAGUGACAUCUGGCCCAAAAUGGGCUAUGUGCCGUGGUGUCUAAAAUCAGAACGGACUGUAAUCCUGUAUCAGUCUCAUUCUUUUCAAGAAAUUCAGAAUUCCAAACAUGGUUCCCAAUGCAAAAUAAAAUCUAUAUUUGAGCCAAGAGCUCUUUACUGCACUAAUGCAGACUUUACAAUCUGAUGAUAAUGCAAUAACCUUUUUCCUAAUGUAUGUUUGCUUUUGUUUGUGUUUUUGUUUGUGUAUUUUCCUAUACUAAGUCUCUGAUUAAAUAUUCUAUAUGUUGGAUUUAAAA